AUGGUGAUCCUUUUGGUGGCGACCACCACAGAUCCAGCAUCCAUAGGCCCAGCCUCUGCUCUACUAGCCAUGCCUGGUUGGCAACCUGGCCCCUCCUUGCAGGAUGCUGCCGUAAGUUUUGUAAACAAGGAAGUGAGGCUAAUAAAAUUGGACAAUAGUCUUGUUAAAGAGGAUCACUUGGAUAAACGUUGGGAGGAGGCAACUGGCGAGUUAGUUGAUGAGGUCAUAUUUCUUAGCAAGCAUGCUGCUUCUUCUAAUCGGCCAGCUCUUACGGUCCAUCCGAUUGGUACUCCGCAUGUUGGUGAAGGUGAGGUUCUUGUUGCUGGUGGAAAGCCAGGAUGGGCAGCACUUCCAAAUCCUAGGAUAGGGCCGUGGUUGAGGCUCUUGAGGACUAUUGCUGAAUCACAGAAACUAACUCCUGAAUUCGAGGUACAAAGUUAA